AUGGAUCAUGAAGAAAGAAUGCCUGAGACUACAAGCCAUUCAGAACCUAGUACGUCUAACGCGAGAAAGCCUGAUGUGCCUCUGAACGCACCAUUCCCUAGGCGUCUGAUGAAAAAGAAUGAUGAACAACAAUUCAAGCACUUUCUUGAGCUCCUAAAGCAGUUGCAUAUCAACAUUCCACUUAUAGAGGCUUUGGAGCAGAUGCCAACAUAUGUCAAAUUUUUUAAGGACAUUUUAACGAAGAAAAGAAGAGUCAGAGGAUUGGAUGUGGGUCAUGCGUUGUGCGAUUUAGGAGCCAACAUCAAUCUCAUGCCACAUUCAAUUUUUAAGAAAUUGGGGAUUGGUGAAGCACAACCUACUUCUGUUACUCUUCAGCUCGCUGACAGAACAAUUAAGUACCCAAAAGGAAAGAUUGAAGACAUUUUGGUGAAGGUUGACAACUUCAUAUUCUUAGUAGACUUUAUUAUCUUGGACUAUGAAGCAGAUAGGGAGUUACCUGGACACUUGAAAUAUGCAUUCCUUGGAACCAACAACACUUUACCUGUGAUUAUUUCUGCAAAUCUUACAGAGCCUAAUGAGCAAUCUCUUUUGCAGAUGCUGAAAAAGCACAAGCGUGCAAUAGGCUAG